CGGGGUGCAGGCCGUGGUUCGGGGUGUCCUGGAGGGCACAGACGGUGGUGCUGGUGCUGAAGCAGCAGCUCUGGACUGGAGGAAAUGUGAUGCAGUUGGGAAGAUCCUGGCUGCCUGCCCCCAGCAGUGCCUGUCCCUCGAGGACUACUACAGACAGGUGUGCCCCCAGAUUCUGGACUUGCUGCACGUGCAGGACAAGGUGUCAGCGCGGCAGUUCCAGCGUGUGGCCACCAGCACGGUGCUGAGCAUGGCCAGGGAGCAGCCCCAGCUGGCAGAGAGGCUCCUGCUGCAGCCCCUGCUGGCGCCGCUGCGCCGCUGCUCCGAGGCCACAGAGCUGGCACUGCAGGAUUUGACAGCAGGGGCCGUGCUGGUGCCAGAGGCAGAGCUGGGCUGCUGUGUGGAAGAUGUGCUCAAGGUGUUUGUGGUUGGCAAUGACAGCUCGAGCCUGCUGCUGGGAUCCCUGCAGCCAGUCCUGGGAGUGGUGUUUUCCCUCUAUUCCUUCGCCAGGCAGAAUGUGUCAUACUUACGCUCCCCGUGCCAGGACAUCCUGCUGUGGUUCCUGGAGAAGGCAGAGCGGGAGCAGGCCCUGGCUGUGCUGGGGGGCCUGGCUGGGCUGAGCAGCCACGUGCCCACCCUGCACCCACGGUGCCAGCUCCAGGUGGGCAGCGAGGGCGGUGCUGCCGUCGUCCUGCAGGAAACCAUCAGGCUGGGUGCCAGGGGUUCUGGGGGUGUUUGUGCUGGUGGCACACUGACCUGUUUCAGCGAUGAAGAUGAGGCCCUGUACCAGAAGAUCUCCUUGGAGCAGUGCCAUGUGGAGAGCUUGGUGGAGCUCCUGUCCCACUGCCAGAAGAGUGGUCUGGCUGGAGACUUCUUCAUCCACUGCCUGAAGGAGCUGACUCAGGUGGCUGCGGAGGAUGAGGAGGCUCCAAACCCAGCGGUGGAGCCUGGAGGGAGUUUGCUGGAGCUGGAGCAGCACCAGGCCAGGCAGGGGAGGAAGCUACUGGUCCUGCAGCUGGUGGCCGCGCUGUGCCAGGGCGUCUCGGACACCGUGUUCACUGACAUCGAGCAGGUGUUCCUGGAGAAUGUGCAGCACGAGGACGCCUUUGUGUACCUCUCAGCCAUCCAAGGCGUUGCCCUGCUCUCCAGUGAGUAUCCAGAGCGGAUUCUGCCCGUCCUGCUGGCACAGUACGAGCGCCCAGCACAGGGCAAGGAGGACACCAUGGCUGCUGUCACCAGGAUGAAGCUGGGCGAGGUGCUGAUGCGUGUCACCCGGGCACUGGGGGACAUGGUGUUCCGGCACCGGGAGCCGCUGAUCCGCGCCUUCCUGCGGGGAGCCCGCGUGCCAUGAGGAGGGUCCUGUUCCCCCCGCAGACCCUGGAGAAGAAGAUCGUGGUGCUGCCAUAGCGGGGCUGAGCCCCUGGACAUGAACUGCUCCUCUCUGGGGACAGGGCUGUGCCCUGCAGGAUGCCGCUGGCGGUGUCGGGAGGGAGGGAACCUCGCUGGGAUGAGGUGUGGGAUUAAACUGAGA